AUGGAUAAAAUCGUUGAUCUUUCACUUAAGGAUAAAAUGUACAAGUACCAAUUAGUAGCUGAGAAUGAAGGUUUAUUUGGUUCAGUAUUAAAAGUUAAAAACAACGAAGACAAUAAAUUCUAUGCUAUGAAAAUCUUAAACUUAAAAGAUACGAUGGCUAAUCCUGACAAUUUCGGGAACGAAAUGAUUAACAUAAUAAAAGAUAUUAAUACAUUCAACCUUAACCAUCCUAAUAUAACUAAGUUCCAUGAGUCUUACUUCACCUUUGAUGACAAGUUUGUGAUUGUUACUGAGCAAUCAGAGUCAAAUCUAAAAACAUUCAGAGAAAACAACGAUUCUCUCUCCAAUGAUAAGAUUGCUGAUAUAAUGAUACAAAUAAUGAAAGCUAUAAUCCAUCUAAACAACAGAAAUAUCAUGCAUAGACGCUUGAGUCCCUAAAAUAUCCAAGUAUUUGAAAACGGCAGCAAGUUCAAAAUAUGUGAUUUUGGAUUUUCUCAAUUGGAUACAAAAUAAUCUACUUAUACAUAAGAUCCGUACUUCACAGCUCCUGAGGUAGAAAGUAGUGAUGUGUUUAACUAAAGUUAGUAAGUUGAUGUAUGGUCUGCAGGAAUUAUACUCUACUAUCUCUGCACUGGCAACAAUCGUUAUGAAGAACUAGCUAUUCCUUAGUUGAAGAAACAAGAUGAAAAUAAAGUUAUAAGCCUUAAUGGGGAUAAAAAUGUAUUCGAACAGCUUUUAAACAAAAUGCUUAAACUUAAUCCUUAGUAAAGAUUAGAUGCUUAUUCGGUUUUAUCAGAGCUAUGCAACUUAAAAUCUGAAUCUGUACUUAAACAUUUAAAGCACGUAGAAUUGAAAGGAGAAAGAAAUAUAAACAAAAAUGACGGCAGAUGUCCUUUUAACAUGAAGAUUAAGGAGAUUAAUUCUUUUAUACCAUUCAUCCUAACCCUAAUUGAAUCUUCAUGCCUUUAAUUGAACUAGAUGAUGGUGAUUAUUAUUAGGGGGAAUUCGAUUAAGAAACUAAACAAAGAGAUGGAAUAGGUAGAUUUUAUAGUAAAAAAUUACUUCAUUGGUGAGUGGAGAGAUGAUAAAAUAAAUGGUUUUGGAAAAUAUGCUUGGAAUAACGGAGAUUAUUAUGAGGGUUAAUUUCUAAAUGAAGCUUUAAAUGGAUUAGGAUUUUAUAAUUAUGCAAGUGGGAAUAAGUUCUAUGGAUAAUGGAUGAAUAAUCAGAGAUCAGGCCUAGGCGUAUAUACAUUCAAAGAUGGAGAUAUUGAACUUGGAUAAUUUUGUAAUAACUUUGAACAUGGAAUACAAAUGCUUCUUUCAAAGAAUGGGAGCGAAAUUCAAAUAAGGAAAUAUUAAAUGGGUAAGUUAAAGAAGAAUAUGCUUAAUGUAGAUAAUUCUACUAAGUGUAAUACAUUUUGA